GCUGCUUGACUGGCUGGCUUGGCGUCUGGGCCGUGAAAGUGUGACUGCCUGUUCUUGCCGGCAAGUUCCCCUCUCCAGCUGCCCGCCCUUCAUAGCAUGUCCCCCAGAACCCGGGGAGCGCAGGCAGGGCUGGCUUAGAGAAGACGCGGUCGCCAGCGCUUGGGCCACGGACGUCCCAGUCUCCUCCUCUGUCUCUGGAGAACCACCGGGCCGAGCGGCUGGGAGAAGCAAGCCAGAGCCUUCCAGGGCCUCGGGCCCGGGGACCCAAGGAGGAUGAGCUGGCUCUUUCCCCUGACCAAGAGCGCCUCCUCCUCCGCAGCUGGGUCCCCCGGUGGCCUCACCAGCCUCCAGCAGCAGAAGCAGCGCCUGAUCGAGUCUCUCCGGAACUCACACUCCAGUAUAGCUGAAAUACAGAAAGAUGUGGAAUACAGAUUGCCAUUUACCAUAAACAACUUGACAAUUAACAUUAAUAUAUUGCUUCCUCCACAAUUUCCUCAGGAAAAACCAGUGAUCAGUGUUUAUCCACCAAUACGACAUCACUUAAUGGAUAAACAAGGAGUGUAUGUUACCUCUCCAUUAGUAAACAAUUUUACAAUGCACUCAGAUCUUGGGAAAAUUAUUCAGAGUUUGUUGGAUGAGUUUUGGAAGAAUCCUCCAGUUUUAGCCCCUACUUCAACAGCAUUUCCUUAUCUAUACAGUAACCCAAGUGGGAUGCCUCCUUAUGCUUCUCAGGGCUUUCCAUUUCUUUCUCCAUAUUCCCCACAAGAAGCAAACAGAAGUAUCACUUCUUUAUCUGUUGCUGACACGGUUUCUUCUUCAACAACAAGUCAUAGCACAGCCAAGCCAGCUGCUCCUUCAUAUGGCGUCCUUUCAAACCUGCCAUUACCUGUUCCCGCAAUGGAUGCCUCAAUACCGACAAGCCAAAAUGGUUUUGGUUACAAGAUGCCAGAUGUCCCUGAUGCAUUUCCAGAGCUCUCAGAACUAAGUGUGUCACAACUCACAGAUAUGAAUGAUCAAGAGGAGGUAUUACUAGAACAGUUUCUGACUUUGCCUCAACUAAAACAAAUUAUUACUGACAAAGAUGACUUAGUAAAAAGUAUUGAGGAACUAGCAAGAAAAAAUCUCCUUUUGGAGCCCAGCUUGGAAGCCAAAAGGCAAACUGUUUUAGAUAAGUAUGAAUUACUUACACAAAUGAAGUCUACUUUUGAAAAGAAGAUGCAAAGGCAGCAUGAACUUAGUGAGAGCUGUAGUGCAAGUGCCCUACAGGCAAGAUUGAAAGUAGCUGCACAUGAAGCUGAGGAAGAAUCUGAUAAUAUUGCAGAAGACUUCUUGGAGGGAAAAAUGGAAAUAGAUGAUUUUCUCAGUAGCUUCAUGGAAAAGAGAACAAUUUGCCACUGUAGAAGAGCCAAGGAAGAGAAACUUCAGCAGGCAAUUGCAAUGCACAGUCAAUUCCACGCUCCACUAUAGAUUUUCUGGAAACAUGAACUGCUGAGAGAGGAAUGGGACACUAAACACUGUUUUGUAUUUAUGGUUUGCAAACUGGUAUUUCAUCAGCAGCUAAAUUCACAGAUAUUCUAUAUAGAUUGUAUAGAGAACUGAGACUGAUUUUGUGUAGAUUGGAAUCAUUGCUAUGAUCUUUACUUUGAGAAAUUUUUCUGCACUAUUUGCACUGAAAUGUUUAUUUAUUGUUGAUAAAUCCCAUCAUAUUUAAGUUCCACUGCUGUUCCUCUUCUAUUGAUUAAAUGCCUAUGCAUGUAAUUUUAGCUAGUUUUUAAUAUUUUAUAAAACUUCAUUUAAAUUGGUAUUUUUAACUUGAAGCUGCAUUUCUUUAUCAAGAAUGGUAUUUAGAUUUUUUUUCUCUUAACCUUUUUUGAAAAACUAUUUUCAACUAUAAGAAAACUCUUAUUUUUCUUUCUUUCUGGAUAAAACUUUCAAAAGCAAUUUGUUUUUAAAAUAUUCAUAUUAUUAGGAAACACCAAACCUGCCUAUGUGCCAUCUUAAAAAAGUAACUUUUAAUACCUACAAUAAAUCAAAAGAAUAAACCAGCUAUUCUUAUAUAUUAAUUUUUUUAAACUAAAGAUGCAUUUAAGAAGCAAUACAAGUAAAUACCUAGUAGAAAAAAAAAUUGCCUUUCAUUUAAAGCAGUCCAACACAAACUCUCAUGCUAAUUUUUAAAAAAUAAGUAUUUAGUAGGUUUCUGUUCGGAUAGGUUUUCUAAAUUCCUAAUGUUUAAAACAGUCUUUAUGUUAAUAUACAGCUAAUCUAUACACAAAAAAAGUCAGUGAACUUUUCUGACCUUUACUGUGAGUUACUUUUCCUAAGAGAAAAGCUAUAGUAAUAAUUAAAAUUGAACUUUUAGGUAAUCCUGAUUUUUAAUGAAUUUAAGCGUUCUCUUGUACUAUUUUCAGUAAUUUGCUUCUACACCAUGUCACAAAAUUAACAUAUUUCUUGGGUACCCCUAAAAGCUUAUGAAGGAAAAAGGCAUGCAGGCUUGGUAAGGUACCAUCUAAAUUAAAAAACAAACUAAUGCAUAAUUUCCUUUAAAUUUCAUCCCAGUAUGAUUGUCUUUCCAACACCAGCAUACAAUAUAGAUAUUGUCUUUUUAAAAUUUUUUGUUCUUCCUAUCCAUGUUUUUGGCAACAAAGUUAUAGGAGAAACAAAAUUAUUUUGUUAGAAUUGAAACAUGCUUAAUAGUCUGUGGAAAGCAAGUAGUCACAUGGACUAUAGAGAUACAAUGUUGGACACAGAACAUAACUUGGAUUGUCUCCCUAGCAUUGUGCUAAGGGCAUGCUAUUAAACCUUCAAAAUAACCAGAUGAGGAGGGAAUAAUUACUACUCCUGAUUUAUGGAACUGAGGUAAGAGUGUUUCAAAUUUAUGAUAGUCUUGGAUAUUCAAAAUCCUUUCCUUACUGUACUGGCAACUAGAGCUUAAUUUUGUCAGCAAUUACUGCAAUAGAAGAUACAAUAGUCUCAAUAUUUUGCAAACAAUCAGGUUCACAAGAACCAGGUGCAUCCCUUAACAAGAGAGGAGCAUACCACAGCCCUUCAUUUGAUUAAUUCAUUAGAUCUACCUAUUUUAUUAAGCACCUACUAAGAAUAAGGCAUUGUGGAAAUACCAUGCAAAGAUAAAAAUUGUUUAGGUGCUUAUCUACUUUCCUUUCCACCAGAGAAACAAAAUCAAAACAUUUUCUUAUAGAGUAAAUCUCUUCUACAUAAUUACAUGCGUAGUUCACCUCAGUGUUUUUUAUUCUUUAAUCUUGAACUAUCCCAGUUUCAUUGUAUACCAGUUAACAUGGGUUAGGUUCUCCUUCAAAAUUCGUUAGAUAACCUUCUUACGACCCAGUCAUUAACAGUUAUUUGCAUCUAAUACACAGUUCGGAUAAAGGUUAUAUAUGUCACCCAGUAUGAAAAGAAUCUGCAUUUGAAUAUACCUGUAUGAAUGUGGGUUCUGUUUUUGCAACAGAAAUUAAGUGACCAUUUUUUUCUGAUUUUAUGGCUAUAUAUUUUCUUCAUAAAAAUUGGCCAUAUUGGAGAAGCAGUGCCAGCAGAAAAAUGAAAUGCAUGUCAAAGUUGCUAUUCUGGUUUUACUUUAUAAGACAAGAUAGAAAUCAGAAUUAUAGAGGAAUACUUAAGAGUUAUUAAUCAGGAGUUUGUCAUAAGUAGAGAUUUAAAGGUUAAUAUUUAUUUCAAAAUAGAAGAAAAUUCUAAAUCAAUGAGAUAUAAACUAAAGACAACCACUUCAAAGUUGAAAGAAAUUUCUAGGCAUAAGACUAGGAAAUUUAUAUCAGAAUAGAGGGUGCUUGACACAGAUAGAUUUAUAUGUGCUUAAAUUGAAGGAUGGCUCAGAUUCAUUUUUAGGAGAAAGUAAUCAUGUGCUCUUAAAGAAUAAAAAUUUAUUCUAGGCUUUCCCUCUCAGAUCUUCACCUUCCAUUAUUCUAUAAAAAGUUCAGUUACUGAUUUGCUGGGUCAUGGUUAAAAUUCUUACCUGUUUCAUAUCAAACUGAAAGAAUAUAUCACCUGAGCUGUGAGUAUUACUAAUUGGGAAGUAAUAUGCCUCAAAUCAACUUUAUAUUGGUUUAUUCCCUAUGCUUUAAACCACUGUUCUCAAUAAAACACUUCCUGAUUAAUGUUUGAUUUUAAAUGAAAAUGCAGUAUUAGAUAUUUUAGUCUUGUUGGAUUAGCCAUGCUCUUUGAAGAAUCUGUGAAAGUAAAGUUUUAAUAAGCAAUAAAUGUAAUCUUUUAUAUAAAUCUCAGUGCUAGGUUAACUUCUAAUAAGUAGAUGAAUGUGCUACAUAAAUUAUGUCUUGUAAAGUUGAGGGAACUAAAAGUUUAUGACUCCGAUGUGGAAGAUGUCACAUUAAAAAACUACAUUUUAAAACAUCAAAUAUUUAUACUAUUUGCUUUUCAAAUAAAUGCAUAGUGCUUUUUGGCA